AUGCAUGCCGUCAGGUCAAGAAAAAGCAAUCAGGAAGAUUUAGGUCAAGACGUUCUAGCCAUGGCUGAUAUAGAAUUUGAACGGUUUGUGGAACCACUACGAGAGAACUUAGAUCAGUAUAAAUUAGCCGUUUCUGCAAAGAAAUCUGCCGGCAAGAAGAAAGAAGACGAAGAUAUAGGGAUGGUAGAAGAGGAAGGUUAA